CAUAAAAUUUCACAUUGAACGUUAACGUUGUGUUGGUGGGGUAUUGACAUUUCUGAAAAAAGUCGUGUCUGCGGUAUUUUCAUAAAUAUGUGUCAUAAUAAUAAUAAUAACUAAUAUUUUUUCUAAAUUAUGUGUUAGUGUAAUAAUCGGUUCUGUGUAUGUUCGGUAAUAGGACUAAAACUAGCACAAAAUGGACGCCAAAAGAAAAUUAUCAACCCAAGGUGAUUCUUUGUACGAAGUGUUAUCGUUACCAAAAACGGCGACUAGUGAAGAGAUCAAGAAGACUUACCGGCGUUUAGCACUUAAGUAUCAUCCAGAUAAAAAUCCCAAUAAUCCGGAAGCCGCGGAAAAGUUCAAAGAGGUGAACAGGGCUCAUUCUAUAUUAAACGAUACUACGAAACGAAAUAUAUACGAUAAUUACGGUUCGUUGGGUCUCUACAUCGCCGAACAGUUCGGAGAAGAAAAUGUCAAUGCCUACUUCGUCGUGACGUCUACAUGGUGUAAGGCCCUAUUCUUCGUCUGUGGAAUAUUAACGGGCUGCUAUUGUUGUUGUUGUUUAUGCUGCUGUUGCAACUUCUGUUGCGGAAAAUGCAAGCCUAGACCACCAGAAGAUACUGGAGACUAUCACACGUUAAAUCGAGAUCAGGGUCCAAGUUCGGCACAACAGGUUCACACCAUCCAACCAGGUAAAAGGGAUGAUGGAUCUGAUGAUGGUCGAGGUGGUGAGACCUCACCGGUGACGAGCCAGCCUUCUCCCAAUAGAAGUCAAAACGCUCCUGUAUAUGCUAUGCCACCGCCUCCAGCAAUGGGGGAAAGUGCCGCGCUAAAUCAAGGUGAUGUUCCAGUUUAUACGCCUGAUUUAUUCACCAAACAAUAGAGGGAAUAAAGAAAAAAAGGUAUAGAAGUCGCAGUCGGUCUUUUAGGUACACGACUUACCGCAUUUCUGUCCCGGAUUGUUUCGCGGUGAAUUAUGACUUAUUUUAUAUACCAAUCAUACAUAUAUACAAACUAAACAUACAUGUAGGGUCAGUAAGAAAAUGUGAUCUGUUCUCUUUGCCUUUGUUUAUGUAAUCUAAUGGGUUAUUGGUUACAUUUUGAUAUGCUUUUCGUUUUUGUUAUUUUUUAUUUUUGAGACGCGAUGCAACUAAAAAAUGAAACUUCUCACUUACCAUAAUAGAGGUCACACGGUUUCCUUUUAUUCGUCAUUCCACCAAGGUAAAUAUGCAAAUAAAAUAGUGACAAAUAUGUACUGAUUUACCCAAACAUGUGCAUUUGUUUUAGAAAAUAUACAUACAAUCAUACAUACACUGCGCGUCAUAGAAAACGGGCACCCUAAAAAAUGGGUCAUUUUUGAUGUCGCGUAUCUCCUAAACCUGUUGUCCGAUCUAAGUGAUUUUUUCAAUAUGUUAGAGCCUUAUUCUUUGUUAAUAUCCCUGUAAUACUAUUUUUGCUAAACAGGUAAAUUUUCAUUGUAUACCGAGUGUACGAAUCAAACUGUGUUUUUUUCUCAAAGUUCGCAACACCCUGUGGGAUAUUCUAGCAUUUAUAAAAUACUAAAAUUGAAACCUGACUAUAGCCUCAGGUUUUCUUAACAUUCUGUUUUUUUAUUCAUUCUCUUAUGUUGGAUAAUACAAAAGUUAUGUACUUUAACAACUAGUCAUGUUCUUCAUCAGUAUAGGUUGUUUGUAAAUAAGUGCGACAAACUUUAAAGGGGCAAUUCUGCAUGAAAAAAUAAUGACCGUUUGCUUUAUAAACUUAUGUCCGCAAAUGCUUCGUUUACGAGAUACGGAAUGUUAAAUCUUUUUUUACAUACUGACGAUUUAUUUUAUUGCCCUAAAACCGGUUGAGAUAUGCAAAUAAAAUUUGGUAGGUUUUAAGAGAUAGUUAUUGCGAAUUUUUUGACUUGGAAUUAAGAAUUUUAUAUUCACUAUUGGCGUGCAUGCGGGUAAUAUGACCGAUCAUAUUACCCGUAUGCACGCCAAUGGUGAAUAUAAAAUUCUUAAUUGUAUGUCAAAAAAUGUCCACCCACCAAAUUUCAUUUGCAUAUCUCAACCGGUUUUAAAGCAAUAAAUAAAUCGUCAGUUUGCAAGAAAAAAAUCAACAUCCCGUAUCUCGGAAACGAAGCAUUUGUGGAGAUACGAUUAUAAAGCAAACUGUCACUAUUUUUUAAUGCAGAAUUACCCCUUAAAGUUUGUCGCACUUGUUUAAAAACACUCUGUAUUGAAAAAGAACAUGGCUAGUUGUUAAAGUACCUAACUUUUGUAUUAUCCAACAUAAGCGAAUGAAUCAAAAAACAGAAUGUUGAGAAAACCCGAGGCUAUAGUUGGGUUUUAAUUUCAGUAUUUUACAAAUGCUAGGAUAUUCCACAGGGUGUUGCGAACUUUGAGAAAAAACACAGUUUGAUUUGUACACCCGGUAUACAAUGAAAAUUUACCUGUGUAGCAAAAAUAUUAUUACAUGGAUAUUGACAAAGAACAAGGCUAUAACAUAUUAAAAAAAUUACUUAAAUCGGACAACAGGUUUAGGAGAUACGCGAACUCAAAAAUUACCCAUUUUUUAGGGUGCCCGUUUUCUAUGACGCGCAGUUUAUAUUAGAAAAUAUACAUAUAGGUACAUAUAAUAGUAAUUUGAUUGAAAUUAGCAUAUUUUUAACAAUAACUGACCAAGCGCUGUUUAAAAAUUAUUUUUGAUAUCGACGGAUGUAAUGGGCAGUUGUUAAAUUUGCAAAAAUAAAAUUAAUUUUUUUGGAACAGUUCCCAACUCACUUACUUCAGAGAGAAUCUAACAACCAUGGUUAGUUUGAAUAAUGACUUCAAAUUUUUGAAAAAUAUCCUUUCCAGUAUUAUAUUAAACCAAUUGGCAACAUAAUUUAAAUGCUUUUAUUAAUACUGUACUUUGUAAUAAUGACAAUUUUGAUGAAUCGUGCAGCAAUAGACAAAAAUGGGUAAUUCAUACAAUGAUAAAAAUUACAGUCCACAAAAUUAUACAAAAGUACACUGACCGUACUAGUCCCUACUUGAGUUGGAAGGGUCUGUAUCAGCUUCUGACUUCCUUUGAGCCUUGUUCAUUUACCGCCAAGAUAUGGGAGACUUCACGCCGAUCCAGGCCGACCAUAAAUAAAGCGAAAUAACGCUCUUUUACGUUUCGUUGAUUCCCAUCUUUAGUUUUAAUCUUUUUAUAUUACAUAUUUUCUAUUUCUUUUGGCAUGCCACGCCACAUUCCGUUGGAAUCCAGCUUUAGAUAUGGAUAAACGAUAGACGAAGACGGGUAUAGUAGUGAACUCUUUACUUAGUUUCGAGUGUUGUGGCUAUGUUUAGUCCGGGAGUCAUUUAUUAAAUAGAGUUAGUGAAUUUUAUCCACUGUUGGACAACUAUAGUCGGUUGGCUAAACUCAGACACAACUGGCUAGUGAUUUUAGUAGGUAAUUUAUUUGUUUUUGGCUAAUUUUGCCAGAAUUGGCAAAAUUACUAACUAUUUAGUAAUUAUUAGGUAACUAUUUAGUAAUUUUUUUUUGCCAAUUUACGAAAUUGGCAAAAUUACUUACUAAAAUCACUAGCUAGUUGUGUCUGAGUUUAGCGAACCGACUAUAUAAAAUUUUCAGUAGAAUAUAAAUUAAAUAAUAUCAAAUUAAAGUCAAAUGUUUUGUUUAUCAUUUAUAAAUUCUUAUUCGUCCCAGAUUCAUGGUAAACCGGACACACCUAUUGAAAACUAUUAAGUUUCUGUUAAUUUGUCAUGAAAAACCUCACGUAGCCAAUUCUAAAUUUUGACCUUUUUUACUGCACAUCUGACCUUCGCGGGUUUUUUAGUUUAAUGAAUAGUCAAAGAUUGCAUACUUUCUUCUGUUAUUGUCCACAAGUAGCCAAUUAGUCAGUAGACUUUUAUUUUUAUAAACAAAAAAAGUUGGUCUUAGGUCAUAAUAUUUUUUUUUUGCCUCUCUCUAUUUCAAAUGAUUUGAUGUCUCUGGUGUUUUUUAAAUGAUCUGAAUUUGUUGUUUCGAAUGAUAAAAUGAGCAUGCUCAAAUGAUAACCGAUAACCCGAGAACGUAGUCUCCCACACUUUUGACAAAUAAAAUAAUAGCAGAUAAUAAUAAAAGUAUGUAAUCAUUAAUACUAUAAUCAAUAAUAACAUUCCUUCAUUAGUAAUAUUAUAAUUGAUUAUAAGUUAAACAAUUUUACUUACAAUCGGUUAGUAAUUUAUGGAUUUCUAACCUUUGAAGUAAUCAGGAAGCGACUUGAUUACUUACUUUACUUUCCCAGCUAGCCGGGAAAGUACUUUCCCGGCUAGCAUCUGUCACUUUUCUACCUGCAAAUGUCAAUGUCAUUUUUGAUUAAAAGAUGGUUUAGAAAGAAUAGAAUCCACUCAACAUUUAUUUAAUUAAGAAACAACAACAACAGUAACAAAAAGAAAACUAUUUGGAAUUAUAAAUAUUAAUAGUUACAUUGGAAUUAUGAUUACUAUUAACGGUUAAAGUAAGACCGUAUUGCUCAAAAUUAUGAGUUUCAGAAAUAGAUGAUGACGCCGACGUUUCUGGAUUUUCUACAUGAGACAACAUAUUAUUAUUAUUUAUUAUUGGUAGAUUGUGAGUAUUAGAAAUCCAUAAACUACUAACUGAUUGUGAGUAAAAUAGUAUACAAACCUCGCGGGAACUCAUUCUAGCCUCGCGUCUGUAGUUUACCUCGGUGCUUCGCACCUCGGUAAACUACCUUGCCGCUUGGCUGAAAUAGAGUACUUUCCCGCUAGAUAUGUAAUAUACUAUUUUGUUUUCAUUAUUAUUGUUAUUUCAUUGUUGUUUUAUUGUUAUUAAAAUAUUCUAAAGAUUUAAAUUGAAAGUAGGAAAGUCUACAGUGAUGAGCGCACUAAUAACUGGCAAAAUAACGCAAAAGAUGGAAACAUAUUAACCCUUAACUUGGCGCGCCUAUAACCGCUGUAAGAAAAAUGUUUUUGCUUACUGGAUGUCAUUUUUAGAGGGCUCCAUUAUCAGAGUCAAUUGCAGUUUUUUUUCUAUUUUAAAUUUUUUGACAUUUUAUUGACAUUGUAUCCCAUAAGAUACACUACUAGGCGUACCGUACAUUACAAUGUACCUCGCAAGACACAUUGCCAGGAACACUAUAAAACAAGUACUGAUGCCCAAUAGAUACAUUGCCAGGUUAUUAAAAAAAUACCUCCGUAUCUAGAAAGAUACAUUGCCAAGAUGUAUAUUUGUAGUUUGGACCAAUAUAUUAAAUAUUAUUGGGUCAUUGAAUUAAAGCAAAAUUAUCAAAAUUCCACAAAAUAUAAUGAAAACAAUAAACAAAUCUACAAUAAAUUGUUCCGCUAAAAGUCUUUAGAAUUUUCAAGACUUUUAGCGAAACAUUUGUAGAUUUGUUUAAUGUUGUCAUUUUAUUUUGUGGAGUUUUGUGUUACUUCAAUUAUGAAUAGAUGGCUUUUUGUGUAGGGGUUUCAACCAUACACAUAGUAUUGUAUCAAUUAAUAUAUAAUCAUGUACAUUUAUAAAUUAUAAAUAAACUACAAUGGUGAUCAAACACUUAUUUUUAAAACUUAAAUUCAAAACUUCAAAUAAAACUUGGAACACUCAAAAAAUAAAAGUAGAAAGUAAUUAUAAGUAUAAAAUAUGUAUUAUAAAAUUUAGAUAUUAUGAAAAUCAUAAAAACAAUUACGGGAUUCCGUCAAACAUAAUCUCGCCCUACAUUUUGUACAACUCAUUGCUGUUUGUCCUUUGCAACAGUUUCGGCAUCGUCCUUUGGUUGUAAAAGUUGGAAAGUGUCCGAAAAGAUCUUUUCUGACAUCUUCUCCAGGUAUAGUCUACGAAUAUAUGACGUGACUACGAAUCUUCUUUUUCGGUGUCAUCGAUAAUGUCAUCACGGCCAGAUGGAUGACGUCACUAGUAUUAUGCCAAAAAAUCGUAAUUUAAAAAUAAAAAUCGAUCUGUUUCGGGAAUUUCUAUGUUUAUUUAGAUAAAAUCUAAUGAAUUUAUGCGUUACUUUAUAGACGCACUGUAUAUACCUAAUAUGUAAAAAAUAGAAUUCGAUAAUAUGAAAACAUACUGUAACAUUUUUUUAUACUAAUACUUUCAAGAAAUAUUGGCGGGAUAUACAUAUGAUUCAUACAUACAAGCUGGGACAUACAUACAAGCUUUUGGAGUAGAUAAGAACAUACGAUCAAUCAUUACAAACAUAAUAUACCAAAUGUUUUUAUCACUUUUCUGUUAAUUCUCUAAUGGGCAAAGUAGCUAAUAAGAAACAGUUAGUAUUUGUCCGUAUACCGGGUGAUGUAUCCAAAAAGAUACUCAUUCAAUUUUCAUCAGUACCUGCCAAUGUAUAUUCAAGGAUACUAUCUAAAUUGCCGCUAACCUGGCAAUGUAUUUUCAGAGAUACUACUUUUCAAAGUGGUCCUAUCUGUUUGUUUAUAAACAAAUCCUGAAAAUUAUUUUAUACGAUUGUUUCUUGCAGGCCUAAUUAUCUAGAAUUAUAGUUUACCAAUUCAUAUAAUAACUUAAAACAUUUAAAAAAUGAAUUUACUUUCCGAAUGACACAAACUAACACCUUUUUUGGAAGCCAUUUUUAGCACGCUUACAUAAAACGCUCUCUCAUUGGUGGAAAUCUCUGUGUAUGACAUUCAAAUUAAUUUAUUGGUUAGGCGAAUACUUUAUGGAGAGGGUACGUUUAAAAUCUCGCGGCAACUUUACGUAUAUAUAGAGAAAUUAAUUAUAAUAAACAACGUAUCCUGGAGUACACACCGCCAAGUUAAGGGUUAAGUUGUGAGAUAAAAAGGGAUGAACCUAGUAGAAGUGUUAAAUUUAGCGAUAGUAACUUAAAAAUUGACAUUUUAUUGAUUAUUUCCCACAUUUAGACGUAUCGGACGAGUUUGAGUAACGCCACUGUCACAGUGACAGUUUUAGUUGACAUACUCCUCUGAUACGUCUAAAGGUGGGAAGCAAUCAAUAUACAGUCGAACCUGAUUAUUGGAAUAGCUUUCGUGCUAAGCAAAAGUAUUCGUAUAACCGGGAUAUUCUAAUAACCGAUCAUUGGUAGCUAUUAAAAACGUUUUGGGACCUUAAAUAUCUAUUCCUUAAAACAGGAUAUUCCUAUAACAGGUAUUCUAAUAAGCGGGUUCGACUGUAAUGUCAAUGUAUAUGUUAUUAUCGCUAAUUUUAACACCUCUAAUAGUUUUAUUUCUUUUUAUCUCACAAUUUAAUAUGUUUUCCAUCUUUUGCGCUAUUUUGCCGGUUAUUAGCGCGCUCAUCACUGUAUAUAUACAAUACAUUUUAUUUUAUAUCGCAUUAAUUUUACUGCGCAGAAUAAUGAAAAUAUUAUAUUUUGUCAAAGGUGUAGGCAGAAUUUAUAGUUAAAUAUUAAAUUUAUACAGGACAAAUAAUUAUAUUUACAGUUUUUAACUUAUAUAUUCUAAUCAACAAAGUGAAAUGAUAAAAAAUGUAUUAUUAAUCUCAUACAUAAAUAAAAGUUAAUAAAAACCUCG